AUGAUGAGGCGGUAUGAAAGGACAAAACUAGACGUCCUACGUGAGAAUCGGUUUCUGCGCCUGUGUGAGAUUUCGUACAGACCGAUGUGCCACAGUUCUUCACUGGACGGAGCGGAGGAAAUUGUCAGUGGAAAGAGUAGAACGUGGGAGCUGGUGCAACGGACUGGUUUGCAACCCUCUCCAGGAGGGCCCCCAUCAACAACUGCGCCAUUUACUAUAGAUGGUGCGGAGAUUUGCGCCUUUUUGCGUCGUUCGGAUGGUGUAUUUCUUGUUCUAGUCGCACAGUAUCGUCCUCCACUGGAUGCCGUGGUGUGGGAGUUCCCUGCAGGGUUAGUGAACAAGGGUGAGGAUGUGCAGAGGGCCGCCUUGCGUGAGCUGAAGGAGGAAACGGGCUAUGUUGCCACAGAAGAAAACAUUAUAAACGUGACGGAUGCGAUUUGCUAUGAGCCCGGGCUCACCGAUUCCUGUUGCAAGCUUGUGCGGGUGGUUGUUGAUGGUGAGAGAGAGGUCAACCGUUCCCCGGUGCAGGAGUUAGACGAUGACGAGGAUAUUGAGGUGAUUCUGCUUCCAGUGUCGUCAAAAAAGUUGGACGGUGACGGCGGUGAUGAUACUCCUCUGCAGUCAUUGAAUAAACUGCUUGAGGAAAAAAAGAAACGCCAGCCGCGAAUUAUUGUUGACGCAAGGCUAUACAUGUUUUUAGAUGGCCUUUCCCUAUCGAAGGCGAUGCUGCUGUAG